AUGAUAGCUAUUCAGACUACGGAUAAAGAGUUAGUUGAAGUAACCCUGGAGUACAUUGGUGGACUGACUGAGGAAACGUGUUGCUGCCUUCUUCCACCGGCAAUCAGUCGUCAAACCCUUGGAGUGCGAAAAGGCCCUUCGAGAUGGGAUUUACGAUCCACCUUCUUUGUGGUCUCGGUACUCCAAUACUUCUCAGUCCACUUCUUGCUUUCCUUGGUAAACACGCAUAUUUUUUAA